AUGGCCCUGCAAAGGUCAGGGUUUUCUCUUUCAAUUUCCAAGUUUUUUUCUUUUCUUCCAAACCCAACUUCCCUCCUUUCCCUUUACACUCAAUCUCCCUCGUUAGUUGACGAUGACAAUGUUUACUGCGCUGUCUCAAAAUUCAAUCGCAUGCUUGAUAUGCGUCCUGUUCCUCCCAUCUUCGCAUUUGGAAAGAUUUUGGGAUCCCUUCUGAAGAUGAAGCAUUACUCUACUGUUAUUUUACUUUGUAAGCAAAUGGAGCUUAACGGAAUUCAUCCUAACAUUGUUACUUUGAGCAUCCUUAUCAAUUGUUUCUGUCAUUUGCAUCAAAUGACGUGCGCUUUUUCUGUACUGACCAAGAUUCUUAAACUGGGUUAUCAUCCAAAUGUCAUAACCGUGAAUACCCUCAUAAGAGGGCUUUGUCUUGAGGGUGAGCUUAAGAAAGCACUCAACUUUCAUGACAAGGUGUUAGCACAAGGAUUCCAGUUCGACGAAUUUACUUACGGGAUUUUGACCGACGGAUUGUGCAAAAUAGGAGAAACAAAAGCAGCCAUACAGUUGCUGAGAAGAAUAAUUGAAGGUCAGUCAAUUAAGCCUAAUGUGGUAAUGUACACUAUAAUCCUUAACCGUCUUUUGAGUGAUAAACUUAUAAACAAGGUUUAUGAUUUGUAUUCUGAAAUGGUAUCAAAUAACAUCAGACCAAAUAUUUAUACUUAUCCUAUAUUGAUUGGUGCAUUAUGCAAAGAAGGAAAGAUGAAAGAAGCUAAGAAUGUGUUGGCUGUGAUGUUGAAAGCUUGUGUGAAACCGAAUGAUAUUAUUUGUAGUAAUUUAAUGGAUGCUUAUUGUGUAGUCAAUGAGAUAGAGAAUGCGAAACGUGUAUUGAAAGCUAUGACCCAAAUGGGAGUAGUUCCUACUGUUUACCACCACACUAUCAUGAUUAAGGGAUUAUGUAAGAAUAAAAGGGUGGAUGAGGCCAUGAAUCUCUUUAAAGAAAUGCACAAGAGAAAUAUGGUUGUCACUACAGUUACUUAUAAUUCUCUUAUUGAUGGUUUAUGCAAAAACCAUCAACUAGACAAGGCAAUUGAAUUAUUCAGUGAAAUGACCGAAAAGGGAAUUCAGCCGAAUAUGUACACUCACAGGAUAAUUAUUGAUGGAAUGUGCAAAGGGGGAAGACUUAAGAGUGCACAAACGUAUUUUGAAAAUCUUUUAAUUAGGGGAGACUGUGUAAAUGUCUACACUUUUCAUGCUAUAAUCCGUGGGCUAUGUAGAAAGGGUUUGGUUGAUGAGGCACUGAGAAUGUGGUCUAAAAUGGAAGUCAAUGCUUGCACGCCUGAUGUCAUAACUUUUGAAACCAUCAUCCGUGCUCUCUUUGAAAAGAAUGAGUAUGACAAGGCAGAGAAAUUUCUUCACCAAAUGAUGAGGAGAGGCUUGUUGAAACGAUAA